AUGAAUUUCAGACCACCACCACCACCAACUACAUCCGACGGAGGUGCCACCGUGGACAAUGCUGCAAAUGAUGGGGCAUGUGGCAGCCGUGAUACGACCUAUGCUGCGUCGCCGCCCCCCCGAGACGCCAACAUCUCUGCGUCACCGCCCAGGAAGAGGCGGCCAGCUGCAAACGGAAAGACGCCACGGUCCGAGGUGGUGGCAUUUCUAGAGAGGCGUGAUCAAAGUGAAAGAGUACUGAAAGAGCGUCAGCUCAACCUUGACGAAAGGAAGAUGGCCCUUGAUCAGAACCGCUUUGCGCUAGAGCAGCGAAAGCACGAAGAGGAGGCACAAGACAAGGCAGAGGAACGGCGUUUGCAAGUAGAGGAGAAGCGCCUGCUUCUCGAGAUCCUUUCAAGGAAACUCAAGAAUUGAGUAUAUGCAAUAAAACAGGAGUAA